GGACGGAGUUUUCGCAUGGACACGGAAGAGUGCGAGAGUGCCGUGCACGUUGUUCCUCACGACAGAAGAGGAUCAAUCAACCUACAACCCCCGUGCUUCAUCACCAAGGCAACAGUAACAUCAUCAGCUGAUUAGAUCCGUUUCCUUGGUUCUUCUCUCUCUCGAGUUAUUUUCUUUGAUAUCUUCAUCCGGGUUUUCAACUUGGCGAAGAUUGAUGGAAGUCGCGUUUUCUUCCACCGAUGGAUUCCGUCGCGCGCGAAUUGUUGCUGCCGCUGUAUUGGAUGAUGAUUAUUUAUAGACGGUCGGGGAAAAUGAGUGGCCGAAAUGAGGUCCGCCGCUCCGAGGAUCAUUGUUUCCGGAAGGACUUCGUGCAGCAACAAUAAGAGGAAGAAAACGUUGAACGAAGAAGCUGUGCAUCAUCAUCAUCAAACUUGGAUGACGGACGGAUUAAGAUCAAGAUGUUUGUUCGGAGGAUGUAAACAUUUCGGUGCGGUGCGGCAUAUCGUUGUUUUCCGCCAAUAAAGAAGUAUAUCACUUCUCAAGAAUAGUACUUAAUAGUAGUAAAAUUUAGCUUUUAAAGUAAAAUUUAACAAAGAGGUGUUGUUAUUUUCGAUAUGAUCCUGUACGGCCAUCGAACGUAAACAAAUUGGGCCGAAGAAGGAGCGAACCAUACACCAUUUGUAUUUAUAUAAAUAUUUCGGAUUGGAAAUCUAGAAAUAGAUUAUUUCAAAUAAACAGUGGGACGGGAUUUCACCUUCUGCCUGUCUGUAUCUGCUCCUGCUGCUGCUGCUUCUUCUUCUUCUUCGUCUACUUCCACUUCUUCCGCUCCCGUGAAAUUAUGUCAAAAUCGAUGAACAUGUUGCGGACGAGACGCAGGGACAUCAAUGUCAAACCAAACAGAAGAUUGGACAGGAAGUCGUCCAGGGGAAUGAUCUACGAGAACGAGGAGCUACGACUGAAGACGAUAAACAUAAACGCAGAAAUAGAACGGGGUCAAUCGGACAUCAAGAAGUUGCGACGCGAAAACGAGAUGCUGAAGAAGGAGAUCUGGUGCUUGAGGGAUGAAUACGCGAGAUUGGAUAAGCUGCUGAAGGAGAAGGAUUUCUCCUCGAGUUCGACGUGCUCUUCCAGUGAUUCGGAUUGUUGCACUUCGUGCACGGAGGAGUACCAGGAGGUGGAGACUUGUCAGAAUCUAGAGAACGUGCAGAAGACUAAUCUGAAGAACCUUCACGUGGAGUUCGAUCAUCUUUCCGUGGUGCCCGAGGAGAAUUCCACUGAGAAUUCUGAUAAGAAUUCGACGAGAACUUCGAUUCCCAACGAGAUGGUGAUCAAACCCGACGAAGGUUACCCCGAUUUCCCGACGCACUUCUUCGCGCCGUUGCCGACGACGUCCGGUUACGAUUAUUUCAUGACGCCGCCGACGCCUCCACCGCCGCCGCCGCCCCCAACGACAUUCCAACCAGAAAUUGUUCCGCUGCAGAAGACGUCCAGCGACAUCAUUGUGAAAUUAGACAAUCAGAGCUUCAACUCGCGCAGCUCCACUACUACAACGUUCAACAACGGUGGUAACCUGGAGGAGCUUCUGAACGAUAUCGAGAGCAUCUCCAAAGACAUCCUCAAGUUGUCCACCUCGCAAACGAAUCUCGCGCCGUACAAGAGCGAGCUGAACGUGGUGCUGAUGCCCACGCCGAUGCCUCUCAUCGGUUUCGAAAAGUACCACAACAUCUCCGCCAGCUGCGAGAGCAUCUCCAACAAACCCGAAGAGUCUCAACUGAACUUCCCCAAGCUCGAGGUGUUUCCCAGUCUGCUGGAGCAACCGGAAACGCCGAAAAUCGAGAUACCCGAUCCCCUCGACUUCAUCAAAGAUAAACAAGUGAAAACGUGCAGUUCCCGCUCCAACCUCCUCGACCUCACCUCCUCCGAUCACAUAUCCAGCGAGAACGAAGAAAACAAAUUGAAGAGGAACGAAUCUUUGCUGUCGCCCGAAGCCAAGAAGAAACAGAAGAUGAGCAUCCGCCGUAAAGUCAGUAUACAUUUCAAGGGGAAGAAAGAGAAGAAGGCCGAGGUUAAACCGCCAUCUCCAGGAGUCGAGGUGAAGCUGAAGAAGACGCCCAGCGUCGACUCGAAGCGAUCGUUGGAGGAGCGCAGCAAACACGUUUCCUCCGGGUCCGAGCGAAACUCGCAGGUGAUGACUGCCAAGCAGCAGCUGAGGAAGAGCUUCUCGGUCAGUCCGGAUCGUAAGCACGUGCACGUGAAGGAGCAGGACAAGAAACACAAGAAGCACAAGAAGAUGGGAAGCGCCGCUCUGAAGCAGAGGAGGAGCACCAUCAGCACGGAUCGUUUCCAUCGCGAGAGGAGCUUCUCCGUCUGCACGGAUCGUUCCAAUAUGUUCGAGCAGCAGAAGUUGAAUGCUCCAGGUGCAGGCUUCGGUUCGAAUUACAGCGCUUGCGAUUCGGAGAGGGAACGCACGAAUAGCGUCAGCAGUUGCGGCUCUGCGAGGAAGAUGUCCAACAUACCUAGUUUUCCGGUUUCGGGGAAGAUUCCUUGGUGCGGUUGCUGGGGCAACGGAUGCAUAUAAAGACUCACUCACACUCAUUUCAUUUACUUAUUUAUUUAUAUAUAUAUAUAUCG